AUGAGCACAAGACGUAAAGCACUUUACGGUGGCGAUGGUAUUUCCCUUUCCUUGAAGCUGACAGCUCCGCCUGCGAAGCCGCCACGGGGCUAUUUACGAAGCGGACCUGUGCGGAUCGAACCGCUUGGAAGUGUGGGUAAUCAGGAGGAGAAUUCACAAAAACAGAAGUCGCAGUAUCGUUUUUCGACAACGGAAAAGUAUACCAACAUGAAAAACUAUUUUCGUGAGAUAGUUCAAGCAAGGGACAGCUGUGAGUUUUCUGGUCAUGAAGCUGUAGAUAUCUUGGACAACUAUCUGGAGAUGAAUCGUGAGCAGUUCUCCGGCAAUAUUGUUAGAAGGCAGAACUCUGCUAAGGUACUUGACAUGUGGUUGCGCGAGAAUGUUAUUCGCCCGGUUCAUUCAUCUUGUAAGGACUCGCCACCUAUGUUUUGUGAUAGCAAAAAGGCAAUCUACACAAUGAAUCCCGAUUCUGAUCACAAAUUGUAUAUUUGCUCAACACCCACCUCCUACAACACAUCAGUGGGUAGAAGGCCGUCGCGAACAAGUUCGUUCAAGCGGUUUUUCUCUCCGAGCCGAUCUUUGGCCACUUUUGAUUUAUUUUUGUGGCUUGUUGCCAUCACUGCUUGUUCUCUUCACUUUUGCUACAAUUCAGAGGAGGCUGAGUUACAUGACGCUGCUUUGUUCCGUCUUUUAACGAUUGUGGAAAUACCUAUGCUCGAUGAUUUGACUACCUUGCCUGGACAGCCAACGAGAAGCGCUUCGAUACUUUCCACGAUACUUUCGAGAAUUGGUCUUGGAGGUUCCACUCCCGAAACCAUUGCAUCAAAAGAAGAAGAAAUGGAUGAUCUUCUCGAAGACACCCUAUCUAUUCGGCCUCUUCUGGUGUGGUUCCAACUCGCACGAAUUUGCGCUCCUGGGCUUUAUUUCAAGUCUACUGGAGAGAAACCGACUCGAGAGGAAAUCCACAAUUGGGCGAAAGCGGCUGUGCAAGCGAUGUUUACCUUCAGGAUUUGUGACCGAUACUCGUCGAUCACCCAUCGUGGGUCGUCUCCACUAUUUCCCACGGAAUUUUCGCCUGUCAUUGAAGCAAUUGUCCAACAGCUCCUUGGCAAGAAGAAAAGGAAAACGAAAUUAGCAUUACAGUUAGUGUUCUUGAAACAGAAUGAUCUCAUGAGAGAGAUGAAAAGGUCUAUUUCUUUCAGAUACCUCUGCCUUAUGAUCCCACAACGGCUACGCACUCAUCUCAGCAAUCUAAUACAAUUCCUUGAACGAACCAUAGGAACCGAUGAGUUUGUGUCCCUGCGAAAUCCAUACUUCUUAGGCAAAAAAGGAGACACGGAAAACUUCGAGAUCGUUCUUAAUGAGUUGAGAUCAUUCAUAUUUCCGCAAUCAAUUGGAAGACUUGACCAGAACAGAUUGAUUGAAGCUCUGUUGGAGCUGAGAAGAGAAGGCAAGCUGGGCGAAGAACCUGCCGAGUUGACCGCAGAUCUAAAGAGAUUAAGAGAAGGCGCCGACAACGCAAUGGUACCUGUUCGUUACUGCGAGGCUGAACCCUCCACGGGAAAAUUCGACGCCGAUGCUGAAGUGGCUCACGCUUUGAUGGCCAUUAUUGAUAGUAACAAUUUAUCUAACGCUGAAAAGCAGAAAAAAUGCGAAUUGUUCAGGGAACACCAUCCAAAAAUCUACAAGAAAUAUUUUUCUCAUCUUUGUUUCUAA